CCAAAUUAGGGAGGUGGUCAACCCCAGGGACGAUUCCUUCCGUCUACAAGAUUUGAAUCAACAAUUACUCCGAAAAUCGAAACAGUUGUUAGAAAGAAAAAGCAAAUUUAACAACAUGCGAUGAGUGACUCACACACACACUUUCUCAUUAUUCACAGACCACAGAUCUCUCUCCCUCUUCUCGAUCGGUGAUUCACCUAAAACCCUAAAAAUUAAAGUGAAAUCUAACUCUGCUUUGAUAGUUUCCGAAUUUUACAAUCUAUAACAAGUUCAUCAAUUCUGCAACCACCGGUCAAUGCGAUGGUGGUCUGCAAAUGCCGCAAGGCAACUAAGUUGUACUGUUUCGUGCACAAGGUUCCUGUUUGUGGAGAAUGCAUAUGUUUCCCAGAACACCAAAUAUGUGUGGUCCGAACUUAUUCAGAAUGGGUAAUAGAUGGAGAGUAUGAUUGGCCUCCUAAAUGCUGCCUUUGUCAUGCUGCGAUUGAAGAGGGAACCGAUCCUCAAACUACUCGAUUGGGUUGCUUGCAUAUUAUACAUACAAGCUGCUUGGAUUCACAUAUUAAGGGUUUUCCUCCACACACUGCUCCAGCCGGGUAUACUUGUCCUGCCUGUUCCACCCCGAUAUGGCCUCCAAAAAGUAUCAAAGAUUCUGGAUCCCGACUUCAUUCAAAGCUAAAGGAAGCAAUUAUGCAAAGUGGUCUAGAAAAGAACUUGUUUGGAAAUCAUCCAGUUUCCUUGCCUGCAACAGAGUCCUGUGUCCCUCCUCCUGCUUUUUCCUCAGAUCCGCUGAUGCAUGUGUCUACUACUGGAGGCAGCUCCUCAACAGUAGGAAAGGAUACUAAUGAUAUUGUGGAGAUAGAUUUUCCUAGUUCAGUGAAUCCAUCUCUUUCUAAUCAGCAUUCCAAUUUCACGAAGAGUGCAAGUCCUGUUGGACCUGGUGCCACAACGCGAAAGAGUGCAUUCCAAAUUGACCGCCAAAACUCUGAAAUUUCAUAUUAUGGUGAUGAUGAAGAUGGGAAUCAGAAGAAGUACACGCGGCGGGGUACAUUGCGCCACAAGUUUCUUAGGUCAUUGAUACCUUUCUGGUCGAGUGCAUUACCAACUCUACCAGUGACAGCACCGCCACGAAAAGACACAACAAAUGAUGCUCCCGAGGGUCGUGUGCGGCAUCAGAGAUCUUCAAGGAUGGAUCCAAGAAAAAUCCUUCUCAUCAUAGCUAUCAUGGCCUGUAUUGCUACGAUGGGUACUCUGUACUAUAGACUAGCACAACGUGGCCUUCGGGACGACUUGCCUGAUGAUGAGCAGUAGUGAUCUACCUUUAUCCUUAAGACGAGGUGACAGUGGCUCGGGUGAGGCUAAAUUAUUUCUCUAUUCCAACUAUCUUUGAUUACAGCUCCUUGCUUCUGUUCACCUUCACUCUCCUGUGACAAUUUCGCUUGAUUCACAGCAAAUUUACAUGUAGAUUAUCAUCUGUUGCUAUGUAGGGAUUUUCAUUUCUCUUGUGACAGCAAAAUAUUGUUGUGUUCUUUCUCGGCCAUACACCUUUACUCUCUCUCUCUCUCUGUAUCUCUCGUUUGGGGAUUGAUUUUGUGGACCAAGUUUAGUUGAUAUCUGCUUUUGUUUCAAUGUCUGCUAUUCACUAUGUUGAUUCUGAGAAGUGGAUUCAAUCGUUGCUUGCGUCUUUGUCAAAAAUGUCCGGUCCCAUGUGUCAACUACCCUUUUUCUUUAUCACAUUUUACACUUGCCCCCGUUUUGUAUCAAAAUAAUCACUCAUCUUUUCAUAACAAUGUCCUACAGCAGGGGUUCCAUUUUCAGUUUCAAAGUAUUGUGGUAGCUGUUGAAUAAGUUAUGCACUGGCCCCGUUUACCUUCAAGCCUGAGUUGAAAAAUGCAAGUCACUGUUUCAUUCAAGAGCUAAAAAGGCCAUUUUACUGUUAUAUGUCUCUCUUUAGGCUGUGUUUUUGUACCCCAAUUGACAAAGAUUCUUAAAUUGAAGUUAUCGAAAGCAGGCAUCCAAAAGCAGCAAUUAUGGAAUGAAAUGACACGACAAGGCCUACAACUGGAAAUGAUUUGUAGAUCAUCAGUAGUUGCAUAGAAUGGAAUGGUGUUUGUUGCAGCGAUUCUCACUGACUAGGGACCUGUCUUGUUCAGUUGCUGUUGGGGGAGGGGGCUUCUUGAAAAAAACCGUCAAGUUGUGUGUAGAUCUGUGGCUUUGUAAUUUUUCUGGGUCCGAAUGAGAAUUUGCUAAACUAUUAAUUAAUAAUUGUGUGUACAAUCUCUUCCCUAGAGGUGUGUGGAGUCUAUUAUGUAGCAAUUUCCUUAUUUUUUAUGUAGUUAUAUCCUACAAAAAUAAUCACCCUUGGUUUGCUCUC